AUGCUGAAGAUCUACGACAAGGAUGUUCCUGACAAGGACUUGGCGGAUGGAAGAUUCUCGACAAGGACCGUUCGCGCCAAAGACGGAGAAGAGACGCUGCUUGGAACGGAAUGGCCGGCCGAUCUCGUUUGCUGCGACUUCAAGUACCAACUCUUCAGUUCAACUCCAGCUGUUAGUGUUCACUCGAAGGUUGUGCCCCGUUCAGAGUGAUUUCGGGGUUUUUUCUCGGCAAUCUUGUGAAAAAGGGAUAUUUUGCGAGGCUUGUCGAGUGAAAAUCGCGAAGUCACUCUGAACGAGGCACCAUUUCGAGGCCAAACUUGUAGUUGCUCCAAAAAAAGAAAGUCUUCGGGGUGUACGAGCCCCUUUGCCACCAACGAACAUAAAUUCUUGAAGAAGCGCGCCAGGAAACGGACGCCACCAGAUCGAUCGUUGGUGACGUCCACACCCGGCGCUGUACUCCAAGAGUCUCUGCAAGUUGGGAGGCAAAUGCUUGGCUGGGAUUCGAACCCGAGUCUCCAGAUCGAGGGACGAGUUGCCUCGCCACUCUACCAAGCCCGCACGUUCGUUCCACAGGCAUCGGCGCCACAUACCGCCGCUGGUCUCGUGUGUUUGCUUGGGCCGAGGGGCAGAGGCGCCGUUUGA